AUGCUAGUGAACAAAAUCAAUCAGUCACAUGUGACUGAAUUCAUUCUUUCUGGGUUCUCAAAUAUCCAUGAAUUUCAGACCAUCCUGUUUGUGAUUUUCCUUGUGAUAUACCUAGUAGCCUUGAUAGGAAACUCCCUCUUAGUGUUGGUCUCCUCAGUGGACCCUGCCCUUCAAACCCCCAUGUACUUUUUCCUCAGGAGUCUGUCCCUUAUGGAUAUCGGCUACACCACUGUCAUCAUCCCCAAAAUGCUCACCAAUUUCCUGUCGAAGAAUCAAAGUAUUUCCUUUGGUGGGUGCGCAGCCCAGAUGUAUUUCUCCUUCUUUCUCGGAGCCUCAGAGUGCUGGAUCCUGACAUUGAUGGCUUAUGACAGACAGGUCGCCAUCUGUGACCCGCUCCGCUAUUCACUCGUUAUGAACUGGAGGCGCUGUCUUCAGCUGGCCUUGGCUUCCUGGCUAUCAGGGAUUUCCAUAGCAACAGUAGACACUACAAUGUUGUUCACUUUGCCCUUCUGUGGGCCUAAUGUAAUUAACCAUUUCUUCUGUGAUGUCCCUCCUCUCUUAGAGCUGGUGUGCACAGACACCUUCGCGGUUGAAAUGUAUAGUGUCACGGCGACUGUGACUUUUCUGAUGUUCCCCUUUGGAAUGAUCAUUGUAUCUUAUGUCCAAAUUAUUGUCACCAUUGUGAAGAUGUCCUCUGCCGAGGGCCGGCAAAAAGCCUUCUCCACCUGCUCAUCCCACCUUAUUGUGGUCUCACUGUUCUUCGGGGCUGCGAGUUUGACCUAUCUCCAAAUCAAAUCCUCCUACUCUCCUGAGAUCAAGAAGCUGCUUUCUCUCUCCUAUACUGUCUUCACUCCCAUGCUAAAUCCCUUGAUCUACAGUCUGAGGAAUCAAGAGGUUAAAGGUGCCCUGAAGAGAAUUUUGGGUAAAAAAGAUAUUUUGCCAUGA